AAGAUUUGAUUUGACACCAUCAUGUGCCUCUGCUUUGACGAGGAUCCGUUCAAUGCCGAAUGAGCUGAGCGUGCACUACAGUGACCACUAUCCUGGAGCGCAGUCACGUCGCAGUCUGUGCUGAGAGUGACUCUGGGGACACCUCCCGGGGGAGCUGCCAUAUAAAGCCAGUGGCUCGCUCCUCCCGGACAAAGUGAGGUCCAGCCUCGUGCCAUCAGCACGGAUGCUUCAGCACUUCAGCAUCCUCAGCCUCAGCUCAGCUUUAGCUCAGCGGAAUUAACGCAUCGGAUACGGGACGAAUCUGACCUUUCUCCCUGCUGUCCUCAGUAGCAAAUUGCACACUGCAUAGAAAAUAUAUACUAGAUUCCUGGGAGACCCACAAUGGCAAACAGAGGGCCCAGUUACGGACUGAGUCGAGAGGUGCAGGAGAAGAUUGAGCAGAAGUAUGAUCCUGACCUGGAGCAAAGGUUGGUCGAUUGGAUAAUUGCACAGUGCGGAGGAAACCUGGAGAAACCACAGCCGGGAAAGCAGAACUUCCAGAAAUGGCUGAUGGAUGGAACAAUUCUCUGUAGACUCAUCAACAGCCUUUAUCCGAGGGGGAAGGAACCCAUCAAAAAGAUCCCAGAGUCUCAGAUGGCCUUUAAACAAAUGGAGAAGAUCUCCCAGUUCCUGCAAGCCGCAGAAGCUUAUGGAGUCACAACCACUGACGUCUUUCAAACUGUAGAUCUCUGGGAGGGAAAAGACAUGGCAGCAGUCCAAAGGACCCUAAUGGCUCUGGGGAGUUUGGCUGUCACCAAAGAUGACGGUCAAUACAGAGGCGAUAGAGACUGGUUCCACAGGAAAGCCCAGGGGUACCGAAGAGAAUUCACCGACGAGCAGCUACGCCAAGGACAGAGUUUAAUUGGCCUCCAAAUGGGCAGCAACCGUGGGGCUUCCCAGUCUGGUAUGACAGGCUAUGGCAUGCACCGUCAGAUCAUGUAGACCCAUUACUACCCUUGCUGUUCUGCUUCCAGACCUUACUCUCUCCUAACACCACAAAUAUUGUAGCCCCAAAAACCUUCCUAAGCUUCGUAGCACCUGCCACGUUAACCUCAGUUUCCCUGAAAGUGCUGCUUUUUCCAGAUAGUGUUUUAUUCACACUUUGAAAAAAAUGAUGUCAGAUGCUGUAGCUCUCCUUCUUUGGACUCUCCUUCCCUUCCUCUCUCCCAGGAUGUCACGUGCUGUUUCCUAACUAUCACUCUUAACUCCAUUUGGUUACUUUUCAGGUCCAGAUGUUUACUUUACAUGGAACUCAGUGUUUCAGCAUCGGUUUAGUCUUGCAAAGUGUUUAAAUAAAAUCUCUAUACAAUGCAAGUCAUCAGAGUUGUACAUAUAUUUACGGAAGUACUGUAAGCCACUGUUAGAGCAUGCCGUAUGCUAUGCAUUUUUAAUUAUCGACACAUUACAUUUCUUUGCUUGUUUUAGGAUGGCUACUGUUACCCUGUAAUUAUUUAGCCUUAAACCUAAUGGAACUUAAUGACUGACGAUGUCUCUGCUAUCUUGUCUGAAGACUUGUUGCAGUAUCCUCUGUAACCAAAUCAACCUCACGUGGUGCCUGGUUAUGGGACUACAAAGACUGGGUCCUGAUAUACUGGCCUCAAAUUAUAAAUGAGAGUCAUUCAUUCUGAGCCAUGCCCUUGUUAUUUGUUUGUUAGAUUACAUAUUGUACUGUGUCUCUUUUGUGCGCAACAAGCAAGUAAAUGUGCAGUAGCCAACAUGUACAACAGUGGACUUUUCAUCUCUGAUGCCAGUUGAUUACACUGCUUGAAUGUGCCCUUUUAUGUGUAUUAUAUUUUUAAAAUAUAUUUAUAUCUGGAAGCCUGUAAGAAGAAUUAUUUAAAAAAAAUAAAAUAAAAUAAAAUAAAGUACACUAUGAUAAGAG